ACGAGACUGUCCAAUGAAAGGAUUGAUACAGUAUAGUAUUGGCAUGAUAAAUAUGGCGGCGUCCAUGGAUGUUUACAAAUUUUCGCAUAUAGAACCAUCAGUUCCUGAUGGACAACGUGGUGAGGGUGACCUCGCUGAUCAAAGUAUACCGGUAGCGAGGAGCGGACAUCGUAUAGUGGUGACAGAUGGUGACUUGUACUCUCUCGGGGGCUACAAUCCCAAGUACUGGGAUGUGGAAAAUACAGAGGAAACUUACUUUCCACUUUUCAAGGAGUUAUGGCAGUUCAACUUUGUGUCGCGGAAGUGGAGGAAGCUGAACACAACAGGACACAUGCCGCUGGAGCUGGCCUCACAUGCAGCUGUGCGAGACAACAACAAGCUGCUUGCCUAUGGAGGUACUGGAGUGCCGUUCGGCGAGGCCAGCAGCAAUGACCUGCAUGUGUGUGGCCUUACCAGCCACAAGUGGCAGCAUUUCAAGUGUACAGGGCAACACCCAGAGAAGAAGUAUGGCCAUGCGAUGCUGCUCAUAGGCAGAUACCUGUAUGUAUGUGGGGGCACUACCGGGUUCGUGUACAACAUGGACGUCCAUCGACUCAGUCUCGACACCCUGGUGUGGGAAAAGCUAUCCUCGGACCAGGAGAGUCCCUCGGACCCAGACGGCAGAUAUCGACAUGAGAUGGCGUGCUUCCAACAUCGACUGUAUAUAUUUGGUGGAGGAACGGCAGGGGAGGCCUACAGGUUUGAGCUGAUUCCGACGUUCUGUCUGACAGAGCUGGCGUGGGAGAACAUCUCAGCUGUACCUGAUAAACGAUUUGGAUUCCCUGCUCCACGCAGAUGCCACAGUUGCUGCCAGCUGAAUAAUGAUGUGUACAUGUGUGGGGGGAUGGACGGGGUGAAGAUCCUGCCGGACCUCUGGCGCUUCUCCCUGGCCACCCACACCUGGCUCAAGAUGUCCCAAGACAUGGUGCUGCCCACCUACUUCCACGCUGCUGACAUAGCUCCGAAUGGGUGCAUGUACAUAUUUGGCGGAGUCACAGCGAUCGACAAUGUCAGAACAAGUGAAAUCUACCGGAUAUGGCUGAAAGUCCCCUCUCUACAAGAAAUAGCCUGGAAUGGUUUGAUUGGCGCUCUGCCAAACACGGACAAUGUUGAUAAACAGAAUCUGGCAGAGCUUGGAGUUCCAGCUCACUUUCUUGACAGGAUUUCAUGACUGCAAGGAUUGUCUCCCUUUGUAGAUGUUAUUCCCGAUGAAAGGACAAAGAAUGACCCCAUUGCUUGAAACCUUUUUUGCAAUGGAGCUUACAUGUUAUGACGUUUAAUUUAUGACUGAUAGAUCGUAUAUUCAUGUGUAUGUAAGCAAGGCCUGAGUACAAAGCUUAUGUGAUAUAUUUGUGAAGUCUUUCAUCGACAACUGCACCAUCACCAGCCAUCGGUUAACUCACCAUAGACUGGUUGUGCUGGAUAAUGGUAUGUACUGUAAAUCUUGAAAUUAGUUCGAAUUUAGUCAGGGCCUUUUCCACAAUCUGAUCUUAGCGCUAAGAUUGUAACUCCAAUACUUAAACAUAGACUUACAAGACCCAUAGCACUACGAUCGCUCUGUGGAGUAGGACCCUGAUCUUUUCCUCUGAUACGAGAAGUGUGUGAAGGUGUGACCACCUCACCAUAAGAGAAGAAAUUACAUGUUGGAUAUUUGCAUCCUGUGAUGUAUAUAAGGGGGUGGGAUAGCCUAGUGGUUAAAGCGUUCGCUCAUUCUGUGUUUUACUGCAGUCAUGGGUACAAUGCAUGAAGCCCAUUUCUGGUGUCCCUCGCUUUGAUAUUGCUGGAAUAUUGCUAAAAGGGGCGUAAAACUAUACUCACUCACUGUGAUGUAUUAGUGAUAUAUUCAAAAUGGCCAUACACCAUCAUUUAUUCUUUAGAUACCUGCCCCCCUGUCACUGCAAGAGUACCGUAUGUCUUUAGAUUAGAAACAGGAUAUAUUUCACUGACUGUUGAAACUACCCAAAACACAUAGAUUCAAGCACUGGCAUAGCAUUCAUUUUAUUAAACAUGCUAAAUUAGAAGGAAGGAGUGGAUGAGAUUGGUUCAAUGCUUCUGUGAACAUUGAUUCAGUUUUGUCAAGGCAUAUCAGGUACAAUUGGAAGAAAGUCCCAAAUUACAAAGGCUGUAUGUAUUUCCCAUGUUUGUAAAACCCCAGCAUGGGUAUGGUGCUGACAAACCAAAGUUCACAAUCAGGACGAAUCAGGGAUUCAAACCCACAAUCAUCAGUAAUAUCAACACAGCAAAGGGGUGCAACUCUGCACAGUAAAUUGCAGCACUUUAUACCCCUGGGCCACAUGUGUAGAAUGUAGACAUAACAAAAGCUGGGUGCCGGCAUUCUUUUCAUCUUCUGCACUGUGCACAUUUCUGUCAGGAUAAUUGCUGAGUUUGGAAAAGCUUCUGAUGAAUUGGUUAUGGCAUGUCCUCAGAUCUUUGUUUUGGGGUUGUUUUGUACAAUGGCACCCAGGUCUGCCCAUACUGCUAAAAGCAGCGUAAAACAAUACUCACUUACUCACUAUGGCGUGUGAUUCUCCAGAUCCAUCAUGUGUUGUACGGGUGUGCACUGCCCAUGAGAGUGUGUUUGUUCUUGUGUAUUUGAACCCGUGAAGAUCCGGGUUUGAACUGUUCUCAUCAAUUCAUGCUUGUGGUAAGGGGUGACCAUGCUUGUCGGAAGAGGCGACUAACGGGAUCGGGUGAUCAGGCUCGCUGGCUUGGUUGAUGCAUGUCACCGUAUCCCAAGUUAAAGGUUUUGUUGCUUGGGUUGCUGAAAUAGAUUGAAAAUGGAUUAUGUAGAAUUUAUCAAUGUUGACUUGUUCAUCUUCACAAAGGUGAUUUUGCUGAUGUGUUUGAAUUGUGAUUGAUGUCAUCCUUAGUCUGCAUCAAGUAAAUAUGUUGUAAAUAUAUUACUAAAAUCGGGUGACCUGCAUGAUCAGUAGUGCAUUAUAGAAGGUUUAGGGCAGUUUAGCGGAUGAAUUACCUCCCUUUUCAAAUGAUGGCUGCCAAACAAAAUGGGAAAAGGGGCCACUCGAAUAUAGAAAAAGACUUGAACACUUAGCAUAACUCUUUUCUCAAUGUUGAAAAAGUCGAUGGUAGUCCUGAGUUUUAUUAAAAAGAAUUUUGCAAAUUGAGGUUAUUUUUGGACAAGUGUCCAUGAUCCAGGAUUCAUGUGACAGUCACAUUACAGCGCUUCCUCACUGGUGCUACACCAGCACACUUUGAAAACUCAAAGUGUAUGUGAAGUCAGUCCAGAAACUAUUUAUGUGGCCACAUGUCAUCAACCUGUCUGUCACGUGUUUGUCACUGGUGCAAACCAGAGUGCAUCAUUGCUCAGAAUAUCAAUCACUGGAUUGUCUGGGCCAGAAUCGACUGCCAUGAUAUAGCUGGACUAUUGCUUAGUGUGGUGUUGAACAACACGCAAACUUGUUUAUAGUGUGCUGCAUCAACUGAGGUCAUGUAUCACUACAAUCAGGGUGAAAUAGUCGCAAGAUAUUGCCAACCAGGUGGGCUAGCUACUCUAAAAUGUUACUAGCCAGUUUCAAUUUUCACUGGUUGAAUAUGCAACAAUUUGUUCUUUUGGGAAUUUAAUUCUGCAAAGAUAUCAAUUAAAACCAAGAUUGAAAUGAGGAAAAUAUUGUAAUGGGGGAUAACUCUGAUCUCGCCACCUCUAUUCAUUACGGAUAAUAAUUUGAUUUUUGAUGGUUGUAUUGAUCUACAGAAAUGGGAGAAGUUUUAUAUUUUGAACAACUAAGAGGUGUGCAUACAAAAAUCAUUGUUAAAAUUUCAGUAGCCAGUUGGCUAGAGACAUUUUAGAAUCUUUGGUCCUGCCUAAAUUUUGUAGCCAUGGACUAGUUGGUGGCCGGCUUUUUGACAUACUGACUCCUAAUGAAGACUAUGUAAUAUGUGAAUCAAUUGAUUUGUUUGUUUAUGAUUAUGAUGAUGUUCUGUUGUCUUCCCUUCCAGUAUCUGUAAAUAUGAACCAAGUCAGUGUGUACUUCUCUGUGCUUAUGAAGACACAGAACAUUCUGCAGAUAUCAAAUGUCUUUUCUCACAGCCAUGAUCAUCUUCCCCAGGCAAAAGAGUUAACUGACCCUUGCCGAACUGGGCUGGAAUUCCUGGACUCGAUUGUAGCGCCACCAGUGGCUAUUACUAGUUAUGUGCCUUCUAAGCCUCUCCUAUGGACCAA